CUGGACUCUGCGUCUCGAUUUUAUCGAGCACGCGAGAGAGGAAGUCGAGAAGAGCAAGGCGGCCGACGAUGGCUGCUUCUGCUGCUGUUACCCUCGGACCGAUCUCUUUGCGGAGCCAAAGACGGCAAGGCUUCCUCGACGCCUUCCCGAAGAAUCUCUUCUCGGAUCAAGAUCCAAAUCGGGGCCGGCGAAAAGGUGCGAUUUUUUCGGUGGUCGCUUCCGCCAAUGACGGUGAAGGCGGCAGACGCAGCGGAAGAGGCGCGGGGAGGUUUUACUUCAACAUCACUGGGUUUCCCUUCCCGCUCGGUCCCUUCCUCAAUCGGCGUACCAUCAGGACGGAGGCUGUCAAGAACUCAAUAUGGCUCUUUGAACAAGAACAAGCACUGGGUUUCAGUAGUGUCUCAACAAAUAUUAGAAUGACUGUCAUCAAAUUGAAGUCUGGAGGACUAUGGGUCCAUGCGCCUAUAGCACCAACUGAUGAAUGCAUCAAGCUUUUGAAGGAGUUGGAUGCACCUGUUGAAUACAUUGUACUACCAACUUUUGCAUAUGAACAUAAAAUCUUCGUCGGGCCGUUCUCAAGAAAGUUCCCACGCGCACAGGUGUGGGUAGCUCCUAGACAGUGGAGUUGGCCUAUUAAUUUGCCACUUGAAUUUUUUGGAAUUUUUCGUGCCAGAGCUUUGGAAGAUGAGGAUGAUUCCACCCCAUGGGCCGAUGAGAUUGAGCAAAAGGUGUUCAGUUCACCUGAAGUUGGUAUCGGUCCCUACGUGGAGGUAGCAUUUUAUCAUGGGCGUUCACGAACUUUACUAGUGACGGAUGCUGUCAUCUUUGUCCCAAGGCAGCCACCAGAGUGUAUUAGCAAAGAGUCACUGUUGGCAUCGGCAAAAAAUGGUUUGGCAGUGAAGCUCCUUAGCAAAGGAAAAGAAGUUCCUAAUGAACCUGUUGUGGACAACAAGUUGAACCGCCAAAAAGGUUGGGAGCGAAUGGUACUGCAGAUUUUGUUUUUAGGGCCUUCAAAUCUACUGGAGCCAACUGCCAGCUUUUCCCAGAUGUCACAGAAGUUGAUAGUUUCACCUAUCGUCAAGACAUUGGUUUUCAGCAAAGUUCCAGAAAAGGUGAGGGACUGGGUUGAUAAAAUUGCCAAAGAUUGGCCAUUCAGAAGGAUAAUUCCUGCCCAUUUUGCAGCUCCAAUAAGUGCUAGUAGGUCAGAUUUCCUGGCGGCUUUUGUAUUUCUUGAUGAGUUCCUGGACGAUCGCUAUGCCACGAGACCAUCAUUGUCACUUCUGUUUGCGUCGAUAAUGGGUAGGGCAGCAAGUUACUUCCCACCAGAUGAUAUGAAGACAUUGUCAUCACUUGAUCAGUUCUUGGUUUCAGCUGGCGUUGUUAAGAAGACAGUUUCUGGGAGAAAAAGAUGACACUAGGAAACAGCAGGCGAACUAAUAGUCCUUUUUUAAAUGUACUUUGUGCAUUCUCAUACAAUCAUCAUAACCCUUAUGAAAAGAACAGAGGAAGUAAAUAAAAACUUAAGAAUGAUCAGUUUGACAGUA